UUUUAUCCAAACGUCAUACUAUUCAUUAAUAAAAUACUUUAAAAAAUGCUUGGUGCUUAAAGGCAGCUACUGCCAAUCCAAUGCAUUUAGAAAGAGAAAGGAACAAUAUCGGUGCAAAAGUCCAUCAUGGGUCGGCCCAACCACCCCCAUAUUUGAGUGACGGCGAGAUCCUAGAUUCAUUCUGCAUUUCACCCUAGCAGAAGGAUGACACAAAAGAAGAAGAAGUCAGUAAUAUCCUCCAAUCUCCCCAUUAUUAUAAAUAGAAAAAAAGCUAAUCUUUUCAAUCAGAGAGUAGAAGCGCCGCCCCAAAAGAAGAAAUCAGCACCAGGGAAGAGCAUUAUGGACCCUUCAGAUGAUAGUAAUACACAAGACCAAAUGGAUGUUGAUCAGGCCACGGGCAUUCGCUUUAAAGUGGACAUAAUGAUGGAGAUCCUCAGCAGGUUACCUGUGCGGUCUCUUCUUCGGUUCAAAUGUGUUUCAAAAUUUUGGGAGGCAUUAAUUGCUGAUCCUUACUUUAAGAUGAAGCAUCACCUUCAUGCCAAGAAUGACCAAAAUUCUCAAAAAAUUCUUAUUUGCCAAUUGUGGAGUGUUAAGGACCGUGGCCUUGGAUUCCGUUCUUCUUCUUUAUCCCCGUUUCAAAUGGUUGAGGAUGAACAAAAAGUUGAUUGCCCUUCGAACUGCAUACCAAUGAAGUGCAAACCUUAUUGUGGUUAUGAUGGACUGGUUCUUCUUGUAUAUUUGUCUGAUAGACCCAAUCUACCCCUUUUGCUGUGGAACCCCUCCACAAGAGAAUCAAUAGAACUUCCCCAUCCAGAAUCUCCACUGAUAGAUUGUGUAUGGGGAUUGGGAUAUGACGCAACUAGUGAUGACUAUAAGGUCGUUGCAAUUAACCUGAAAGCAUAUGGUCAUCGUGUUGAAAUUCUCUCUCUAAAAAGUGGUUCCUGGAGAAGAAUCAGUAGUUAUCCUACAGGCGUUCAUUGUGUUUCGGGUUUUAAGGAUUGUGGUAUGGAUUAUUUGCCAUUUGUACAUGGAGCAUUUCAUUGGCUCGGUCGGUCACCACAUUAUACUAUCGUUUCAUUUAAUAUUUCAAAUGAGGUGUAUGGAGAGAUACCGUUGUUGGAGCGAUUGCGCAAUAUGUCCAACAAGCUGAUCAUCGACCAUGGUGUUUCAGUAUUGGGAGGAAUGCUUUGCUUGUAUUCUACAUAUAUACAUCACCAUAUGCGCACUUUUGAGUUGUGGGUAAUGAAAGACUAUGGUGUCAAAGAAUCUUGGACUAAAUUGAUUGCAAUACGUAAUCCUAAUCUUUUUAAUUCCGCCAGACCAAAACAUCUGUUUGCGGAUGGUGAAGUGCUACUACGCUGCCAACAUACGGGAUCUAGUGGUACUGUAUUCAGGACGACAUUUAGAGGACCAUUUGGAUUAUGGCCUCAUUGUGAUAUCAUUAAGUUUGCAAUUGUUUAUACAGAGAGCUUGAUCUCGCCUAAAUUACUUACCUAGUAUUUGCCUAUGUAUGAUUAUUGGGUUUUUGUUAUGUGAGAGUAUCGUACUGCACAACGUAUCAUUUUAUAGGUCACUUCUACUCUCUGUGAUCUCCUUAACUUGAGAUUUCCUAUGCUUAAUUAUAUGCCUACAGUCUGGAAAGAUGUCAUUGUAUACCGAGGUGGAGGUACACAAAAGUGAAACGGACUCUCCCUGUUGAUCCUUGGCUAUGUUGUAACAUUUCAGGUGGGAAUUCUGGCGAUAGAAGUUUGUGUUGGGGGAUCUGGUAUUUGCACCUGUCAAUUAUAUUGGUCUCCACAGCAACAUGAGGGUGGAAGUUGGCGUUUGAAUUAUGCAUGGAAAGCCUACUUUCCUCAUUUUUAUUUUUGAUCAUUUUCUUAGCAUUGCUAAUUGUAAUGUCAUCUUGGAGUACAUUAUAAACUCUGAGAUGGUCAAAUGCUAUUUGAUUUUUCGCUCUGUGUAUCAGCUUGGUUCAAACUCUCCUUUUCCAUUUAGAUGAUUUUAAAUGAAAUGUGUUUUUUGGGAA